GCAGACUUUCAAAGUACUCGAUUUUCAACUCAAUUAUUUUUUUUUUAUUAUUCAAUAAAAUUCGACCUAAUAGAGUAAUUUUCUUAAAUUCCGAAGUAAACUCUUCAACAAUUGACCACAAACUGAGUCCCCACUACCUUCUAUCAUACAUUCAGCACUUACAGCAAAAGCCGCUCUUCUUUUUCCAGGAAGAAACUGUCAAAGCUGUCAUUACGCACCCGGUAAUUUUGAUACCAAGUCACCCUUUCCUUCAUUUAUUAUUCACGAUACGUGAGUUUGUCUCAGAAUAGUUUGCAAGAAAAGUCACCAAGAAAUGCGUGGCUAGCAAUUUCCAUGAAUUAUUAACAAACGUAAGUAAAGAAAAGGCUGCAAAAGUAUAGAUUGAUUCUUUGGAUUAUUCGUUUCGCUACAAAAUACAAAGUAGUAUUUAUGUUGAUAUCUGUAUUUACAUAAUAUUAUGUUUGAAUAAAGACAGGACUUUAUUAUAGAUUAUAUAAUAUAGCCACGACAAUUUUACCCCAUGAAUAUUUAAAGCCUUUUUCUUUCCCAGUAGCGUAAGAAAUAAAACUUACAUACAUACAAAGUGUAUUUAUUUUGCGCAGAAAAUUAAACUCGCUAUGACGAUUUUGUUCUAAUAAUAAAAGGAUGAAGGAGACUUUACUUCCUGUGAGCUUCUUUAUCCUGAAGUGCAUUGGACUGUGGCAGCCAGUACACUGGAAGGGAUUUAAAACUUUACUCUAUUCACUGUUUACGGGGUUUAGUUUUGUCAUAUUGUUUACCGAUACUGGCUGUCAGAUCGUCGAUUGUUUCGUUACCUGCAAAACUGUCGCCGAUUAUGCGGACCACUCUUUCAUCCUGCUGACCAUGAUCGGGAUUUGUAUUAAAAUGGGCAGCAUUAUUAAGAACCGUAAUAGGAUUGUCGAGUUGAUUGAGAGACUACAGACCGGCGCCUUUCAGGAUAAAAAUCCGGAUGAGGAAAGGAUUUUGAAGGAGUUUGAUAGUAUUAUGAAAUGGAGAACAAUAUUAUUCGGUAUCUUCGUUCAAAUGGGAACAGUUAAUCUGAUAAUAUCGUCGGCGCUGUAUUUAGCACCUCACCGAAUAACAAUAACAAAAUUGUACCUGCCGUGGGACACAAAGACACUUGAGGGGUACUGGACAGCGUGGGUGUUGCAGGCGAUUUCCCGGUUCUUCGGUGGGCCUGUAAACGUGGCCUGCGACAGUCUAGUUUCCGGGGUAAUGUAUCGAGCAUCCGCGCAGUUCAAGAUCCUGGCGAGUCGACUUCGCGGAUUCCUUCAUGAGCCUCAAUAUUCAGAGAAGAAUAAUAACAAUAAUAAAAAUGUUAAAUACGAUUAUCAUAGAGUGGAAAAACACGAAGCGGAGAAAAUGGCCGAAUUGGUGAAAGAACACCUGGAGAUUAUACAGAUUAUUACAAUGCUCAACGAUAUCUUUGGGUUCGUUAUUUUCAUGCAGUACUGCGUUAGUUCCACAGUCCUCUGCGUUACGGUCUUCGUCUUCGCUCAGGUCAGACAAUUUGACACUCAUUGUGCUAUGAUGAUUACUUACACUGGAUGUCUGUAUUUCCAAAUUUAUCUUCUUUGCUCCGCUGGAACUCAGAUGACUUCUCAGAGUCAAAACUUUGUAUCGUACAUCUAUACAUUUGAUUGGAAUGAAUUGACGGUAAAAACUAAAAAAAGUCUAUUGAUAAUGAUGAUAAGAUGCUAUCGACCGCUAAAAUUUCGCACUUGGAGUAUGAUCGAACUGUCUAUUGAAUCAUUCAGCCAGAUCGUCAAAUUUUCUUACUCUGCUUAUAAUGUCCUCGCUCAGUCGCAAUCUUAAUACGUAUUUAUAAUGUUACACGAA